CUCCAUCUGAAAUCAUCGACAGUUGCUUAGUAUUUAAAAUCCAAUACAGACAGUGACAGCAAGCACGCAGGAUCAUCUGCAGGAAGAAAAAAAAAACUUGGAUAAUUUAACGUUCCAACAUAGAAAGCUCGCAUGACAAGCUUUUCUGAAUAAGCCCUCAUCCAUGAAGCUGAAUGCCCAAAGGACGUGACUGGCUUUAGUAGGAUUUACCAAUAGCAGGAUCUGUAAUCCCUCGCGCGCUGCCCAGGCGAUGAUACACUGUUCAUUUCAUUUACGGCAAUUCACGUGCACGGAGUAUUUGGAUGGGUCGUAUUCAUAUCGUAUAAUAUGCAGAGAGGAUUCUGGACAUUAUUUACUUCGUUGGUUGUAGCAGGUAUUUUAGAUGUCGUCCAAAUGUCCACCGAAAAACUCCUGAUUAAGAAGCUGCUCACUGAGUACAAGGAACGUGGCAUUAUGGGAAGACCGGUAGAGCGUCAUCAUGAGAUUCUUACGGUCAAGUUCGGACUGAGUCUGAUACAGAUUCUGGAUCUAGAUGAGAGAAAUCAAGUACUCACCACCAACGUAUGGGUCACUUACCAAUGGAAGGAUAUUUAUAUGACCUGGAAUCAAUCUGAAUAUGACAACAUUACGAAAAUCAGAGUGCCUAAGGGAAGCAUUUGGGAACCUGACAUAAAAUUGUACAACUACGCUGAUGAGAGGAUGGAGGAGAGGAGAGACGCCAAUAUGGUUAUUGAAAGCGAUGGAACUGUGCUAUGGAUUCCUCAAGCGAUCUUCAAAAGUGUCUGUAAAAUAGACAUUAUGUACUUCCCUUUUGAUAUGCAGACUUGUAAACUAAAAUUCAGUACAUGGAGUUAUGAUGGCGGACAAAUUGAUUUAAAGGAGCUGUACGGAGUCGAGACUGGUUUUGAAUUGUCCGACUACGUGGAAAGCAACGAAUGGAAUGUACUCGGAUCUGGCGUCGACAGAAACGUCAUCACUUACGCAUGCUGCCCGGAUGCUCCUUACGUCGACAUUACUUUCAAUAUUCGGAUUAAACGAAAACCUGCAUUUUAUAAUUACAUUUUGAUUCUUCCUUGUAUUCUUCUGUCCUCUCUAACGUUGGUGCUGUUUUGGCUGCCACCAGAGUCACCUGCAAAAAUGCAAUUAGGAAUGAAUAUAUUUGUCGCCUUUUUUGUGUUACUUCUUCUCCUCAACGAAUCUACCCCUCCAGCGUCAGCUUCGAUACCUUUAAUCGGAGCUUACUACUGUCUGAACAUGAUUAUGAUUACUCUAUCCACUUUCUUAUCCGUCGUCAUUGUAAAUCUUUACUUCCGGGGGUCAAAGUCACGUGUCCCAAGGCCUAUAAAAACGAUAAUGGUUGAUUACAUAGCAAGAAUAAUGUGUAUGCACGAACAAGUAAAGACAAAAAAGAAAAGUGGACAAGAAAGCAAUGGAAUUGUAAGGGGAGGCAACCGAAGGGAUAAGAAUGGAAAGUACGACAAAGUCGGAUAUUAUGAAAUGCAAGCCGAAAAUAGCUGGAAAGAACAACCAAAUGGCUUACUGAAUAACGAACACGCAAAUUUCUGUGAACAGGACAAAACUGAGAUGUCUACUAGCUUGUCUGGACACUUUGAUACUAUGUCCAGUGACGUGAAAGAAAUCAAAACAUAUCUUAAGAAGAUGAUUGAUAAAAUCACCGACAAGGAUGCAAAAGAGGUGAUAGCUAGAGAAUGGAGAAUAGUUGCCCUUGUUCUGGAUAGACUGUUCUUCUUUUUGUACUUUUUUGCUAUCGUGAUCUCCGUCUGUGCAGUGUUUAAGAAUGCAUUUUUUGAUACAACCGACUAUUCUAAUCUGAAGCAUAAUCACUGAUUUAUUAACAUGCUGACUUUUCAUGAUAUGCUGUUUUACAUGAAGUUGAUUCGUCCAACUAUCAAAAUAUGAUGUGUAUUAUCUUCAUAAUUUAUACAUUUCGUCCAACAGAUUGUGUUAAUAUGAUUCUCAUUAACUUUUUACCAAGGAAGAGUAUUUUCAAAAUACAUGUAUGUGAACUGUAGUAAAAAAAAUCAGAAAGUUUGACAGUAUCCAGUUUCAGUAUGAAUUAUUUUCAAGACAUGCCAAAAAAGUUUAGGUUUUCAAUUGCAAGCUAAAACAAUUCUUUAAGAGAAUUCAAUAAUAGUUCACUAAACUUUCGCUGAGCAUGACCAAAGCGUUCUACUUUUGUAUAGAGAAUCAGAAAAGACUAAAUGUAACCUUUACUGUAAUGACAGAUAUAGUCUUUUUAAGAGGAUUGUACAUCUGUCUGUAAAUAUUUUCUGUAAUAGAUGUGUACUGCUAUUAGCAGAUGUUCAUAACAGCUCUUCCAUGCAGUGUUCACACACUAAAUAAUUUGUUUUUGUUUAGCACCGAGUGUUAGAUGCAUUUUAAUAAACGCAAGACAUUUUCAAUGCAAUAAUUACAUGAAUCGUUUUAUACGCAUGCUAGUAAUUGUAUAAUUAUUAGUGAGUCCGAAUUUAAUAGCACUAAACACAUUAAUCAAGAGCCAUUAUAUUUUUUGUUCAGUACAUGUUAUGUGUUAUAUUGAGAAUACAUAAUGUACAUGUGCACUCAUGUUAUGGUUGAUAUAUGAAAUUGAAUACAACAUAAAAAAAAUGUUGUUAAUAAACAAUAUGAAUCACUA